UUCACAAGUAACUCAUCUCUCAUAUUUUUAGUUCAUAAUAUAUUUUUAAUUUGUGAUAUCCUAUUUCAAUUCCUACUGUGAUUAUCAUGGCUGCACAAAAUGAUGUAUCCGUUGCUGUUUAUGGUGACAAAUCUGAACAAAACCACACCCAAGUAUCUAUAGAGGAAGAGUUUGACUACACACAAAGGGGACAGUGGCUGCGCGCUGCUAUUCUGGGAGCCACUGAUGGUUUAGUUUCCGUUUCAUCUCUGAUGAUGGGUGUUGGAGCUGUAAAACAAGAUGUUAGAGCCAUGAUUCUUACAGGCUUUGCUGGUUUAGUUGCUGGUGCAUGCAGCAUGGCAAUUGGUGAAUUUGUUUCGGUCCACUCCCAAAGAGAUGUUGAGGUGGCUCAGAUAAAGAGAGAUAACAGAAUUGCGGGAGCCAUUGAUGACGGUGAGAAGGAAGUACUGCCAAAUCCUAUUCAGGCGGCUCUAGCAUCAGCAGUUGCAUUUAUGUUGGGUGCCAUUGUGCCUUUACUUGCUGCUUCUUUUAUAAUGGACCACAACAUUAGGCUGGGUGUUGUGGUAGCCACAGUGAGCUUGGCACUUGUGGUUUUUGGUUGGGCUGGAGCUGUUUUAGGCGGGAGUCCAGUGGUGAAGUCCUGUUUUAGGAUUGUAGUCGGAGGGUGGAUGGCGAUGGCUAUUACUUUUGGACUGACCAAGUGGAUAGGCUCUACUGGAGUGUAGACUUUAGAGUUACAUCAGAUUGUACUUUCAGUUUUUACUGUAACAUGUUAUUGUUGUGGAAAUUUGAGAUUUUCUUUUAUCCUC